AUGUCGGUAGACUCAAAGCAAAGCGCCGCAGCUCCUAAGGCGACAGCUAAGGCGUCUGACUGGUUUACAAUCCCGGCUCCCUUGCGACGACUGUUCAAGCACUUUCCGCUGCUGGUCUAUCCCGCCAACGAGUUGCCCUUCCGGACACUACCAAAUAGAGAGCUGCCGACUCUCUAUGUCUUCAGCACCGACCAAGAUGCCCUGCAAGGUCUACCUAGUUUCAACCCUUCAUGUUUGAAGUGGCAGACCUUUCUCAAACUCGCUGGCGCCGAAUUCCGCAUAAUCCCUUCGACGAACCAUGCCUCUCCAAAUGGCGCCCUGCCCUUCCUCAUCCGUCCUUCUUCUGCGAGCGAUGCCGAUUCGCAAACCCCUGUUCCAUCCAACAAACUUGAGAAGUAUGCCCGUGGCAAUGGCUCCACGCAAGUACCCGAAGUCUCGAGUCUGAGGUUAGAAGCAUAUCAGUCAUUGCUGGACCAUCGGAUACGCAACGCCUGGCUCUAUUCUCUCUACCUAAACCCUAAAGACACGGCCCUGCUGUUCGAUCUCUACAUCAACCCCACCUCGUCGACGCAAGUGGUCAGAAAUACCAUCUGGCACCAACUGCAGCAUGCCGCCGAGUCUGAGAUCUUAAAGUCGACAGGGGCGCCGGCGGUGAAUCCGCCGGCUUUGUACAAGGGGGCGGAGGAGGCUUUCGAAGCCCUGGCAACGGUGUUGGGUGGCGAGGCCUGGUUCUUUGGGAACUUGAAUCCGGGCUUAUUUGAUGCGACGGUGUUUGCUUAUACACAUCUAGUGCUGGAUGAAAAGCUGUCCUGGCAGGACAGCCGGCUGAGAGAUGCGUUGAUGAACUAUCCCAGCUUGGUUGAGCAUAGGGACAGGAUACUGGCAAGAUAUUGGGGUUUGCAGGGAUGA